AUGAACUGUAUUCCAUUGGGUGUGUUAAUAAAUAUUAGAAAAUUCAGUGAUUUCGCUUAAAAGGGAGUUGAAUCAACAGUAUAGGAGGCUAGAUACGAGCAUUAUCUCAAGAAAAAGAUUAAAGCCAUUUAGCUUAUCAACAAGCAUCUUCAGACUCCCAUUAAUCCUUAUGAAACUAUGAUGAAUUAUGGAAACAGUUAUAAUAUAACAGGAUUCACAAAUUCUAAUCAAGAAUCACCAGCCAAGAAAAACACAAGAACAGGAAUGAUGACUUCUGGCCUUAUGUCUACAAAUAAUGCAAGCAUGAAUAAUUCAAUUAGCUUCCCUACCAAUAUGUAAAUGAAUGAAAUUAACUCAGCACAAAGAUAAUAAGCUAGACGAGUCUCAUUUCAUUCAGGAUAGACUCCAUUUUCUCAUUUCAUAAGACCAUCUAGAAACAAUGCCACUGUUCUAGCAAACUCCGAUUCAUAUUAAAUGGUGGGAAACAAUCAGAAGUUACUAAAAACAUCCUAAGAUUAUAGCAUGCCAUAUCAACAGAAUUAUCAGAGCUUCCAUUAAUAAUAUAGCAAUAGACUUUUAUACAAGACUGGCAGUACACUAAGAAGCCCUGAACUUGAUAAGAGUAGCUUGAUCGUAAAUAAAGAUCCCAAAAUAGAGUUAAAGGUCCCUCUAAGUUAUAGGCUUCCUGACAAGAUACAAACCAACAGACAAAUGAACACAUCUAAAUAAUACAAAGUCAAGACUAAUUUGCAACAACAAGCUUAAGAGUUGAUUGAAAACUUUGAGAAAAAAUUGAUGAAAAAAGAGAAGCAAGUUGAGAAAUUCUAGAAGCUUUAGAAAGUCUAAUAGAGAUCAAGAAUACAGAGUGCUGAUAAGAGAAAUGAGAAAUUUCAGUCUUUGUAAAGACAAAGGUCAGACUUACAUAAAGAUCUUGAAGAUAGCAGCUUAGUGCAAUUUCAAAAGAACCUGAGUGAGUUUUCAUCGAGUUUCAAGAAUUAAAUUGACAUUUAAAAGAAAAAGGCAAAGGAAGAUUAUGAGAAGUUUAAGCAGAUCUAGGCAGUAAGAGAAAAGGCGAAUUAGUCUCAAAGAUUGAAGUCAAGAGAGAUAGAUUAGAAAACUAAAGUAGACUUAGAGGAGUUUAACCAGAGAAUUCAAACAUCUAUUCAAAGAUCUCAAAAAAAACGAGAGAGGAUAAAGUCUGCCACAAAGGAUAAAGUUUCCCAUAAAAAGCUCAAAUGGGAGCAGAAGUAUAGUUAGAUAGGAGUAAACAACCAAGACAUUUAGACCUAGAGGAUGGAAAGAUAAAACAGUUUUCUGAACAAAUUUGAGGACAUCAAUAAAACUCAUGAUUAAGUCUAGAUGUAGAAACUUAAAGAAAUCUUAAAGAGAAAGGAACUAAGCAAACUUAAGCAGGAGGAGCAUCUGAUAAAGUUCCAAGAACAGAGGAAACUACUAGAGAUGCAAAAGCAGAAAGUGCUUUUAAAGCAUUAAAAUAUAGAGAAGAAAAAAGAAAAGCUUCAGAAAUAGUACAAUGAACUGGGAGAAUAUGAUAAAGUAGCAUACUUCAGUGAGAUAAAGCCACAGUAAAGUUUAAAACUUGGAAACCCAUUAGCAGAUGUUAGUCUGAUAUACAGCGGGAACAAGAAACUUAAUAAAUCAAGGUACAAGUCUGAAAUGCAUGAUGAUAAAUCAGCAAAUGAAACUAAUCUUAAAUUAUACUACUGA